UAGAUUUUUGUGGAGACGCUUACAUAGCUAGCUAUAGCCAGAAGGGAAUGGAGAAAAUCAUGAGGACAGUAUUAAUGGCUUUGUUGAUGGCUUUCACGAUGCUUAUAUCUAAGGGUGAAGGCCAAUUAGUAGAGAAUUUCUAUAGUUCAUCUUGCCCAAACGUGGAAUCCAUGGUGAAACAAGCAGUGACUAACAAGUUUACAGAGACCAUCACAACUGGACAAGCAACUCUGCGUCUCUUUUUCCAUGAUUGCUUUGUUGAGGGCUGUGAUGCCUCCGUGAUAAUCUCCUCGCCAAAUGGGGACACAGAGAAGGAUGCCGAGGAAAAUAUUUCACUGCCAGGAGAUGGGUUUGACACUGUGAUCAAGGCAAAGCAAGCAGUGGAAGCUUCGUGCCCUGGAGUGGUUUCCUGUGCAGACAUUUUGGCACUUGCUACCAGAGACGUUAUAGGCUUGCUUGGAGGUCCUUCAUUCAACGUAGAGCUUGGACGCAGAGACGGGCUUAUUUCCAAGGCAUCGAGUGUAGAAGGAAACCUUCCGAAAGCAAACUUCAAUUUGGACCAACUCAACGCGCUUUUCGCCAAGCACGGUCUGACCCAAACGGACGUGAUUGCGCUCUCUGGGGCCCACACCGUUGGGUUCUCGCACUGCGAUCAGUUCGCUAACCGUUUAUAUUCCUUUUCAUCCUCCAACCCGGUGGACCCCACUCUGGACCCCACCUAUGCCCAGGAUCUAAUGGCGGGGUGCCCUAGGAACCCCGACCCAGCCGUAGUGCUUCCCCUGGACCCGCAAUCCCCUGCGGCGUUCGACAACGCGUAUUACCAAAACCUGCUCUCCGGAAAAGGGUUGCUAACCUCAGACCAGGUUCUGUUCGAGGAUGCCACGUCACAGCCCACGGUGGUGCGGUUCGCGAACAGCGCUGCGGAUUUUAACGAUGCGUUUGUCGCGGCCAUGAGGAAGCUCGGAAGGGUCGGGGUCAAGACUGGGAAAGAUGGAGAGAUUCGGAGAGAUUGCACGACGUUCAAUUCGUAAAUCAUACUAUCUUUUUGGUUCUUUUUAUAAGAAAUAAAUUUUAGUGUAUAAUAUGCUAAAACUUAUUACUUAUAAAAUGGACAGGAGGGAGUAUGAUAUAUGGAUUAAUUUGUGAAAGUGAAUUGAUUUGAAUUAUGUAUUCUCGAGGAAAUUAAGGUUCGGGUAAAUAAGGUUUUGGUUGGCCGUGUUGAAUAAAGUGAUUUAGUUGUGCAGUGUGGAUGUGCGUACGUUUUGAAAUGCGUAUUGCAUAUUUAGGUAGUAAUAAUACUAAUAUGCAUGUGCAUGUACAAUCUUAAUAGUCCUGAUAAUUUAUAUAAAUGAUUGCGAAGAUUUGCUAAAUA